GUAUCUCUCUCUGGAGAAACGAAACUCCUACCGUUUCGAUUCCUCCGUCAAAACUCUCUCUUUUCUUACCGGAUCAACUCUUCUAAACCUUAUCUCAACUUGAUCUCUUCCAACUUCUGUUGUCUCAGUUUAUAAAGUAACCUCCUUUUUUUUUGGUAAAAGAAAAGUAACCUCCUUUCAAUGGUUGCUUGGUAGCUGUGGAAAUUUCUGUAUCUGGGUUUUGUUUGUUUGCUUACUGCUAACUAGUUUCUGUGUGUUUGGUUUGAUUUAUAAGAAAAAAAAAGAAGAAAGAGUGAUAAAGUUUUCAUUUUUAUUAGGAGUAAAGUUUGGAACCUUAUUAAUAAUGGCGGAACCUGCUGGUGUGGAUAGAGGGAUUCAGAGCUUAAUAUCCGCAAGAAACUCUUUAAAAUCGAGUCUAGAGAAGUCCAAAGCCAUUGGUUUAGCGUUAGGGAAAACCGGUCCUAGGUUUGAAGAUAUUGAGCAGAGAUUACCUUCCCUUGAAGCUGCUGUGAGGCCUAUAAGAGCAGAUAGAGAAGCUCUAGUUGCUGUUGGUGGUCACAUUAACAGAGCCGUUGGUCCUGCAGCUGCAGUGCUUAAAGUGUUUGACGCUGUCCAUGGACUUGAGAAGUCUUUGUUAUCAGAUCCCAAGAACGACCUCUCCGGUUAUUUAUCGGUUUUGAAAAGGUUAGAGGAAGCGUUGAGGUUUUUAGGGGAGAAUUGCGGGUUAGCUAUUCAGUGGUUGGAGGAUAUCGUUGAGUAUUUGGAAGAUCAUAGUGUUGCUGAUGAGAAGUAUCUUUCGAGUUUGAAGAAGUCUUUGAGAGGGCUUAGGGAGUUUCAAGACAAAGCUUGUCUUGACGGUGGGCUUAAGGAAGCUGCUUUGGAUAAGCUGGAGAAUGAGUUCAGGAGGCUGUUACAGGACAAUAGUGUCCCACUUCCAAUGGCGUCUCCAUCAUCGUUAGGUGAUCAACCUUGCAUUGCGCCUUCUCAGUUGCCUGUGACUGUGAUCCAUAAACUGCAAGCCAUUCUUGGGAGACUCAGAGCGAAUAACAGACUUGAGAAAUGUGUUUCGAUAUACGUGGAAGUGAGGAGCUCAAACGUUAGAGCUAGUCUUCAAGCACUUGACUUGGAGUAUCUAGACAUCUCUGUUAAUGAGUUCAACGACGUGCAGAGCAUAGAAGGCUACAUAGCUCAGUGGGGGAAUCAUUUAGAGUUUGCGGUUAAGCAUCUGUUUGAAGCAGAGUUUAAACUUUGUAACGAUGUGUUUGAGAGAUUCGGUUCCAAUGUGUGGAUGGAUUGCUUCUCCAAGAUUGCUGCUCAAGCCGGUAUGCUCGCGUUUCUACAGUUUGGUAAAACCGUCACUGAUAGCAAGAAAGAUCCAAUCAAGCUUUUGAAGCUGUUAGACAUCUUCACUUCUUUGAACAAGCUGAGAGCAGAUUUCAACCGUCUAUUCGGUGGAGCAGCUUGUAUUGAGAUCCAAAACUUCACAAGGGAUCUCAUCAAGAAGCUAAUAGAUGGUGCAGCUGAGAUCUUCUGGGAGCUUUUGGUUCAGGUAGAGAUUCAGAAGCAAAUCCCUCCUCCUAGCGACGGUGGUGUUCCUAGACUAGUUAGUUUUGUAACUGACUACUGCAAUAAACUUAUAGGAGAUAAGUAUAAAUCAACUCUUACUCAAGUUCUGCUUAUACAUAAAAGCUGGAGAUCUGAAAGGUUCCAAGAGAAUCAGCUUAUGGUUGAGGUUCUAAGAAUAAUCAAAAUGAUUGAGCAGAAUAUGGAUGCAUGGAUGAAAGCUUAUCCGGAUCAAACACUUGCUCAUUUCUUCAGCAUGAACAAUCACUGGCAUCUAUACAAGAACUUAAAAGGUACGAGGAUUGGAGAUCAGUUGGGAGAUCCAUGGCUGAAAGAACAUGAUCAGUACAAAGAGUACUACGCUACUGUCUUUCUCAGAGACAGCUGGGGUAAGCUUCCAAGCCAUUUGAGUAGAGAAGGGCUUAUACUCUUCUCUGGUGGACAUGCCACUGCUCGUGAUCUUGUCAAGAAGAGAUUGAAGUCUUUUAAUGAUGCGUUUGAUGAGAUGUAUAAGAAGCAGUCUACAUGGGUUGUUCCUGAAAAAGAUUUGAGGGAUAGAGUUUGUCAACAGAUUGUCCAGGCUGUUGUGCCUGUUUACAGAAGCUAUAUGCAAAACUAUGGACCGUUGGUUGAGAAAGAUGCUAGUUCAAGCAAGUAUGUGAGAUACACUGUGGUGGCUUUGGAGAAGAUGCUCAGCUCUCUUUACAUACCUAAGCCUAUGAGAUAUGGGAGUUUUAAAGGAACACCGCCUAGUGAGAAACUCAAGAAUGAUGUUGACCUUAGACGCACUACUUCCGCUGUUGUCUGAUUGAAGAAGCCAUGUUCUGUUGUGAUCAUAUUGUGUCUGCUUUUUCAGAUCCUGGGAAGCAGAUGUACUAUUUUUAUACGUAUAUAAAUACUGUCAAUCAGGUAUAGCUUCUUAGUUUCAUUUUAUCUCAUGUUAAGGGGGCCAAGAGAGUUAAGAUUAUUCUAUUUAAUGUUAUAACUAGAAGAUCAGCAAGUUUCUUGUUCUUAGUUGUUGUGCCUCAUUUGUAACUGUUAUGAACUUUCAGAUCAGCAUCACCAAACUAUUUUAGAGCCAA